GAUUGGUGAGGGCCGCUGUCAAUCAGUGGAGGCCUGAGGUUCCUGGCGGCGUUGCGGGUGCUGGUUGCUAGGGAUGGAAGAGGCCGGCGUGGAGAGCCAGCAGCAAUUGCGGCCUUUCUGCUGUGAGCACAGCCUUCUCUCCAGGCCUGAUGGCUCGGCCUGCUUCACGCAAGGGGAUACAACAGUCCUGGCUGCUGUGUAUGGGCCAGCGGAGGUGAAAGUCAGCAAAGAGAUCUUCGACAAGGCCACGCUGGAUGUCUUCCUGAAGCCAAAGGUUGGGUUACCAACUGUUGCUGAGAAGAGCAAGGAGCAGAUGAUUCGAAACACAUGUGAAGCCACCAUCCUGACUGCUCUCCACCCACGCUCAUCCAUCACAGUCGUACUGCAAGUCAUCCAUGACUCUGGAUCUCUGCUCUCUUGCUGCCUGAAUGCAGCCUGCAUGGCACUGAUGGAUGCUGGGCUGCCGAUGAAAAGCGUCUUCUGCGGGGUGACGUGUGUGAUUGACUCCAAUGGAGACAUCCUUUUAGAUCCAACGACCAAGAUAGAGAAGGAGGCUGCUGCCGUCCUCACGUUUUCCAUCGACAGUGUUGAGAAGCAACUGCUGAUGUCGUCCACAAAAGGAUCCUAUUCCGUCGAAGAGCUCCAGCAGUGUGUUGCAAUGUGCCAGAAAGCUGCAGAGAAAAUCUUCCAGUUCUACAGGGACUCGGUGAGCAGGAGGUACUCGAAACUGAACGACUAAAGCUGGGGGCAGCAGUGUGCAAAGGGUCUUCAGCGAAGUCAAGUCCUCUCACAUCCAGAAUGAGGCCAAUGGACACAGUCUCUGGUGGAGAGCAGCGAUUGUGCUUUGCUUCUGUUGUGUUCCUGAGCCCUCCACGGUAACUGUUGGUUGAUCCUGUAGAUAAUGUGGUUUUUCUGAGCUGGUGAGUGUCUGAGAGAAACAGUAAUCCUCACCAGCCCCAGCACUGAGGCUUACUUCACGAAACGUGCCAAACAUCCGCUGAGCGUAUAUCUGGGAGUCAGGAAGAAGGAGCCCUGUUUUUUAAAAUAAAAUUUAAUGCUAAUGAA